UUUGUUUGAAUGCUUCUAUAGUUGCUUGUCGAUUCUCGGACGUUCUAGACAUUAGUGGCGUGGUUUUGUGCUAUUUACCGGUGACAAUGCUCCGAGCGUUUGCUACAUUUCGUGGUACAUUGGCUCCUGCUCGACACAGAAUUAUUCAAAGGUCUUAUGCUAAGGAUGUUAAAUUUGGAGCUGACGCGAGAUCAGCUAUGUUGGUUGGCGUCGACAUACUCGCAGAUGCUGUUGCAGUAACCAUGGGUCCCAAAGGUCGUAACGUUAUAAUAGAAAGCUCGUGGAAAUCUCCUAAAAUUACCAAAGACGGGGUGACAGUUGCCAAAGGCAUUGAGCUGAAGGAUAAGUUUCAGAAUAUUGGAGCCAAAUUAGUACAGGAUGUUGCUAACAACACUAAUGAAGAGGCUGGUGAUGGUACGACAACAGCUACUGUUCUAGCUCGAGCGAUAGCUAAAGAAGGUUUUGAAAAGAUCAGCAAGGGUGCGAAUCCCAUUGAGUUCCGAAGAGGUGUUAUGUCUGCCGUUGAUGCUGUCGUUAAAGAGCUCAAGUCUUUGUCAAAGCCAAUAUCAACUCCAGAGGAAAUAGCCCAAGUCGCAACAAUAUCAGCCAAUGGUGACAAAGCGAUUGGUGAUCUAAUUGCUACUGCUAUGAAAAAAGUUGGGAACGAUGGUACGAUAACUGUCAAGGACGGGAAAACUCUUCAUGAUGAGUUGGAGUUCAUCGAGGGCAUGAAAUUUGAUCGUGGCUACAUUUCCCCAUACUUCCUCAACACUGAAAAGGGGGCGCGAUGCGAGUUCCAAGAUGCUUUCGUAUUGUUUUCAGAGAAGAAGAUUAAUAGCAUUCAAACAUUAUUGCCAGCUCUUGAACUGUGUCAUCAACAAAAGCGACCACUACUUAUAAUCGCCGAAGAUGUUGAGGGUGAGGCUCUUACGGCCCUUGUUCUUAACCGUCUGAAACUCGGCCUGCAAGUUUGCGCAGUUAAGGCACCAGGUUUUGGUGACAACCGUAAAAAUACACUUAAAGACAUGGCAGUGGCGACUGGUGGGCUGGUAUUCGGCGAUGAAGCAGAUAUGUUCAAGUUGGAAGAUGUGCAACUGCAAGAUUUGGGACGUGUGGCCGAGGUCAUAGUGACUAAAGACGAUUGUCUGUUGAUGCGUGGUCGUGGAAGUAAGACGGAUGUCGACAAACGCAUCGCGCAAAUCAAAGAAGAAAUGGAAGCUUCUAACAGUGAAUAUGAAAAAGAAAAAAUGCAUGAGCGUCUGGCUAAGCUGUCUAACGGUGUUGCGGUCAUCAAGGUUGGUGGAAGUAGUGAAGUAGAAGUUAGUGAGAAGAAGGACCGGUACACUGACGCACUUAACGCAACGAGGGCAGCGAUUGAGGAAGGGAUAGUUCCUGGUGGUGGUACUGCUUUGCUUCGCUGUAUUCCAAUCUUAAAGUCACUGGAGACCAAAAAUGAAGAUCAACGCACAGGUGUUCAAAUAGUUUUGCGUGCACUUUCGACUCCCUGUUAUACCAUUGCACAUAAUGCCGGGGUCAACGCGUCUGUUGUUGUAGAAAAAGUCAUGGGCAUGGGUCCAAAUAUGGGUUACGACGCUCAGAAUGAUGUGUAUGUCGACAUGAUCAACGCUGGGAUUAUUGAUCCCACCAAGGUCGUUCGAACUGCUUUGGUUGAUGCAGCUGGCGUUGCUUCUUUAUUGACAACUGCAGAGACCGUAGUAACUGAUUUACCGAAAGAAGAGUCAGGAGCAAAUGUUGCAGGAAUGGGCGGGAUGGGAGGUAUGAGUGGCAUGGGUGGUAUGAUGUAGUAGCGAACUACACACAUUUUGCAUUUUGACGAUGUUUUUACAUUGUAGUUGGUUAAUUUUCGUAGAUAUUCCAAUUGUUCAAAGUCCCUAAUUUCCCCUCAAAUAUACAUAAUUGAUUUGAUU